GGCAAUACAUUUUGAUAUCAGAGAUAAUCGGGAGAAUUUAAAACCCAAAUUCAAAGGAACAAUUGAUCGGCUGCUGUGCCUGAGCCCUUCCAAAUUUGGUUCAACCGCCGAGAGACAAACCCCCCAACCCCACCCGGAAUGUACGGAGCCGCAGGGAAGCUCGGCCGCGGCGGCGGAGGCGCCGGGAGGAGGAACAUUCACGCGCCGCCAAUCAACCGCCCUGCUUCCAUGGUUCGCCCCUCCAGGGGCGGCGCCGGAGGACGUGGCCGUGGAGGUCUGUCGUCCGCCGCAACUUCGAACCGCUCCGCGCCCUCCGAGCUGCAGGUGGAGGAGAGUUUUGCCCUUGUCAGGGAGAAUCCUUUGAAUUUCGGGAUGGCGAUAAAGCUGGCACCAAACCUCGUCGAGGAAAUCAAGCGCGUUGAGGCGGAGGGCGGCACGGCGCGCAUAAAGUUUGACGUCGGUGCGAAAAAUCCCAACGGCAAUGUUAUUCAAGUUGGUGAUAAAACCUUCAGAUUCACUUGGUCGAGAGAGCCAGGGGACUUUUGUGACAUAUAUGAAGAACGUGAAAGAGGUAAAGAUGGGAACGGUUUGCUUGUAGAAUCAGGAGCUACUUGGCGCAAACUGAAUGUAGAGCGCGAAUUAGAUGAAUCAACAAAAAACCAUCUAAAAAUGAGGUCAGAAGAAGCAGAACGUAAAAGUAAAUCACGAAGAGCCAUUGUUUUAGAUCAUCAAACUCCAGCUGUGAAGAAUCAAUUACAGGAUUUUGCUGCUGCCGAGUCCAAUCCGUGGAAAAAUUUCAAGAACAGGAAAGAGAAUCCUUUGAAAAAGCCAAAGUCUCAAAUAUCUUCAGGGGGACCUUCUAGGCCGGUCUGUAAAUCUGGUUUGCCUCCUAGUGGCCUUUCAAAGGUUAAACUCUCAUCUGGUUCACCUUCAUCUUCCCAACUGGAGCAACACAGUGACUCAGUACCCCCUCGUGUGAGUGGCAAUUCUGUUAAAGGACAGGCAAGCCUACCAGAGGCUGCACUUCAGAAUAAGAUAAAAAUUGCCAGCUCUGACAAGGAUUUGGGCGCCAGCCUCUCAAAUAGUAGUACUUUUAGUGAAACAGUCAAGCAUGGCCAAAACACAGAGGCUAAAACUACUGAUUUAAGAAGUCUGAUAAUUACACUACUUCUGAAGCACCAACAUAAAGGACUGAGCCUAAAGGCUUUGGAGAAAGCCAUUGGAGAUUCUACGCCGAACUCAGCCCGGCAAAUAGAACCAAUUUUGAAACAAAUUGCAGUUUUUCGAUCACCUGAAAAAUAUUUCUUGAAACCUGGGGUGGAAAUGGAAAGCUUCAAGAGGCUUCCACCUCAAAUUGGAAGUUCUCCAGAAAUUAGACUUGAAUCUCCUGCACUGCAGAAAUCGGAUCAACUUCCUGCACAAACUCCAAGCUUUUCCAUGAGAACAGCUGCCACAGAUGAAGAACCCGCUGACUUAAACUCUACACCAGUACAUACAGUGGCUUCCGAGGAGAAUAUUGAUAUACUAUCUAAUUCACCAGAACCAUUCAGUGACCAAAAGGUUUCAAACAAUAUUGAGGGGUUGGUAGGCAGCUCUAGUGAUAGCGGGAGUGUCAGUGACACCGACAGUGAUAGUAGUAGUGAUACCGGGAGUCGUAGAAGUAGAAGUCAAAGUCCAGUGGGAAGUCGAAGCGGGAGUAGUAGUGAUAGUGAUAGUGAUAGCGGAAGUGAUUCAACUUCCAGUAGCAAGCAGGCAUCUGAAGAUGAUGUUGAUAUUAUGAUGAGUGAUGAUGACAAAGAAAGUGAGCGUAAAUUGCAAGAAUUUGAUCCUGUCUCAUCGAAAUCUCCUCUAAUAUGGAAUUAUCUGGAUAACGAAUAUCCUGAUGUAGGCAACUCUGAAAGGCAUGAUGAUCAUGUUUCUGGUGAGGUUGACAUUGAGAAUGAAUCCCCUCACGAUUUUAUUGAUGCUGAGAGGCUGCGCGGAGCUAUUCAUUCAGUAUCUAAUGAAGAACGAGACCAUGUAAGAAAAGCUGAUAAUGGAUUGGGCUGUGUUGCUGAAGAUGGAUUUAAGCCUGAUCAGUCUGGUAAUGUGGAAAGAUCAUCAAAGAGUGGCAAAUCUAAACGACCUACUGAUAGUAAUGAUUUUAAUGGGAGGGUUCCCAACAGAAAGAAACUGAAGAGCCAAGACUUGAGCCAACCGGUAUCUGGGACCGUGAGUUUGCUUUUUGGAGAGAGUCCUGGCAAUGCAUCCCCUGAUAGACCUCUAGAUGUCCCUGACAUAGAAAAUACUGAGGCUCCUUCAACCGAAAGAAAGCCUGAUAAACCUGAAAGUUUGGAGCAUGGGGUAAGACAUUCUGAAAGAAGCCUUCAAUCCCAUGAGGGUCUUUGGACACAGAAAGGAGAAACACAAAGUAAAGAUGAUGCGAAGGAAUCCAAUUACAGAAAAUCAGAAAUGCCGGGGAUGGUUAAGAAGGGCACAUCUCAUUCAAUCUCACAUACAGGUUAUUCUCCCAAUAGGAUGAGCAACACGAGUGGUGCACUUCAAAGAGGUCAGUCUGACUUGGAAUUGGGUGAACUUAAAGAAUCUUUCAAUGGGGAAAACAAGAGGGAUUCGGAAAUUUGGAAUUCAAAUUCUGCUAGAGGUAAAACAUCAAACAGUAUCACUAAAGAUUCAUUGUCCCCAGCAGAUCCAGAGGUGGCAGCAUAUAUUCCAAAUGGAGCAUCUAAAAGGAAGGCCACAGAACAUAAUGCUGACGAUCUUACAAGACCUUGUUUGAAGCGUCCUCGACCUUUGCACCGGCAGAAUCAGCCUCCUGGAAAUCAUGUUGAGGUUGGUUCUCAGCUCAAUAAAGGACCCAAAAUUAGUAAUAAAACUAGAUUUGCUGAGGCUGGAAGAGCCCCGGGCCAAAACUCAGAUUCUUGUAGAGAUACUUCCAAGACAGUGCCUAUGACACAGCAAGAGCCUGUUUCCAUACAAGGAGUUGGGCUCCAUACUACAAAAGAAAACACGACCAACAUGGCUCAGGACUCGAAUGAUAGACAAAAAUAUGCUUCUUUAACGGGACACAACGGUGCCAUUGGAGAAAAUAUGAAAUCUUCGUUAGAUGCAGGCAGUUCUCCAUACACAAAAUAUGAGAAGGAGGAGCCUGAACUUAGAGGACCAAUAAAGGAUGUUUCUCAGUACAGAGAAUAUGUUAAGGAAUAUCAAGUCAAGUACGAGACAUAUAGGUCCUUGAACAAAAUCCUGGAGUCAUACAGGGAGGAUUUUAGUAAACUUGGGAAAGAUCUCAAGGCUUGCAAAGGCACAGAUAUGAAGAGAUAUAGCGACAUAUUGGAGCAGAUAAAAUCAUCAUUUUUAGAAUGCGGCGAGAGGCACAAACGGCUGAAGAAAAUAUUUGUCGUGCUGUACGAAGAAUUAAAGCAUUUGAAAGAGAUGAUUAAAGACUAUGCUUCCGCGUAUCAGAAAGGCUGAUGGAUCGAUCAUUUACCAAUUGCCCUUUCCAAUUCCAAAGCAACACAAAACACAUGGAAAUCAAAUUUGUCGCCAAGGAUUGAUGCUAAUGUCUGUGUGCGGGCAUCGAAGAUUGAGAUAGCUCCAUCCUGUUGCAGGUAACCCACCCUACAACCUGGAACUGAGGCUGUGAACGUGUGUGUGUAUAUAUAUUAUAUAUAUAUAUAUGGUUUUUUUGGAGAGAUAGAGAACUUGUGUGUAUAGCAUAUGAAUAUAUAUCUAUGUAGUUGUGGUCUGGUGUGACUAUCUGUAAUGCAGCAGUAUCAUUUUCUUAUGCUUCUUGUGCUACAUUGCAGCGUA